GCAGCCAUGGAGGACGCGUUGAGGCGGGAGCUGGGCUCGGCGCUGCUCCGCGCUACCGGGCACUCGGGGGGCGGCUGUAUCAGCCAGGGCCAGAGCUACGAGACGGACGGCGGCCGGGUGUACGUGAAGAGCAACUCGAAGCCGGAGGCUAGAAGGAUGUUUGAGGGAGAAAUGGCAAGUCUAGAAGCCAUCCUGAAAACAGAGACAAUAAAAGUGCCUAAACCCAUCAAAGUUAUAGACCUGCCUGGGGUCAGUACCCUGUUUGUGAUGGAACAUUUGGAAAUGAGAGGCUUAAACAGGCAUUCAUCAAAACUUGGAACACAACUGGCUGAUCUCCACCUUCAUAACCAGCAACUUGGAGAGAAGCUGAAGAAAGAAGAGAGCACAGUUGGUAAAGGGCAAGGGCAAAUGGAAGUCCAGUUUGUGGAUCAAUUUGGCUUUCACACAGUUACCUGCUGUGGCUAUCUUCCACAGGUGAAUGACUGGCAGACAGACUGGGUGACUUUCUUUGCCAGGCAAAGAAUCCAGCCCCAGAUGGAUAUGAUUGAAAAGAAUUCAGGAGACAGGGAAGCGAGAGAACUUUGGGCUCGACUUCAGCUGAAGAUACCCAGUUUGUUCUGUGAUGUGGAAAUUGUUCCUGCUCUCCUGCAUGGAGAUCUCUGGGGAGGAAAUGUUGCAGAGGAUGAUUCUGGUCCAAUUAUCUUUGAUCCAGCUUCCUUCUAUGGCCAUUCAGAGUAUGAGCUUGCAAUAGCAGGGAUGUUUGGUGGUUUCAGCAGUUCUUUUUACUCUGCUUACCACAGUAAAAUUCCUAAAGCUCCAGGGUUUGAAAAACGCUUAAAGCUUUAUCAGCUUUUUCACUACAUGAACCAUUGGAACCAUUUUGGUUCAGGGUACAGAGGGUCUUCUCUAAACAUUAUGAGAAAUCUGGUAAAGUGAUAUCUUGCUCAAGCACGAUGCUGCCUGUGUUGCUUGGAAAACUGUGCACUUGAUGAUGCAACUACAGGGCUGGCAAUAUUAAAAUAGCUGUUAGAUCCUUGACCCCAUUGCUCAGCUUAAGACCUAGAAUCUGUGAGUCCUACUGAGUACCAGGUGUGGUAUAUUCAUCCCUUUUUAGCAAAGAUGGAGAGGGAAAUAUCUAAGGAAGCAGCUUAUUUGACUGUGUAAAAGAUCCAUUGAUGUCAAGAAGGCAUUGUGUGCUUGAGACUAGGCAAGUUAAUAGAAAUCAAAGCACUCAAGUGUAAAUUAUGUGGAAUUUUUCUUAGGGACCAGUUGCUCUUAAGAGUAGAGAAAUGCUGGGGAUCAUUUUUGUACCCUAAUGGAAAAUAUUAGAGGAGUGUUUGCGAAAUGUAAAUCUGCUUUCCUUAAUUACUGAGCAGGUGGCUUGAAAACUUGCUCCCUGUUUUUUGCUGUUCCUCCUGCCUAUUCCACGAUAGACUGCUCAGAUCCUUUCAAGUCUUAAUUUCCAGCUAGGUGAAUGGAAACAGUGUAAACAAAAUAUUUGGACAGCCAACAAGAUGGCCGUGUAACAGAAGCUGUACAAAGGGAUUUGGACAAUUGCUAAUUGUUUUGUUAAUGUGAUUUCAUUGAAUGGAGACUGCUUCUCAUUCUGAUGAAAAGCAGUAGGAAGUUUGUAUUUUUUUGGCAUGCAUUUUGCAUUCCUGUUGGCUGUUCUGUGCUUGCCAGUCAGCCAGUUCCUGCAUAGAGAAAUUUUAUUUUCACUGAAACUAGCUCUAUUUUCUGAGUUAUGCUGCUGUCCAAUAGCAUAAAUUCUUAGAGCAGGUUUUCUCAAGUAAGACGCUCUACUUGUGUACAUCACGUGAGGAUGUGCUCUCUCAUUAACAGAAAGGUACAUUUUCUGAUUGCUGUCAUUGCCAACAGGGUAAUGCUAUCAAAUUGUGGUAUGUUCCUCAUAUAAAUUAUGUAGUUUAGCCUACAGGUGCCCUAGGUUAACUUAUUUUUUUCAGUACCCACUAAGUGCACUUUUUAGCUCUAGGGGUAAGAGACAUGGAACCAAAAGCUGUUCUGUAAGUUACAUUUUAACUUCAACUCUUCAUCACUGCCAUAAAUGAUUUAAUGAUAGCUUUGCAUAUUAGCUACUUGUUGUACUUGCAGGAUAAUACUAAAACUGUAACCCUGCUGUUUUUGGUAUAGGGUGGUAAUGAAAUUGCAGUGCCAGGUAGGUGAGAUGAUGAUUCCUAACGUGAAAUUUAAGUGUUUGGGAAUGAUUUUAAUUAAAAAUCUUUUCACUGGAUAUUGGAAGAUCAUUGCAAGUUUUCUAGCUGUUGGUUUUGCAGUUAUUUGUAAGGAUUGGAGAAGACAAUCACUUGAUAUAACUUUGCUUAGUUCUACCACUAGACUCGUUGGCUGUUGAACUUUUGCAAUAAAAAGUUGUAAAGCCUUGCUUGGUAGAAUAGCUGCUCCUUUUGUCUUGUUCCAUAAUAAAAAGUUUUUCCUGUU